CACGCGCAAACCCUCCUCCUUCACAGCAUCCUCAGUUGCGUCUCAAGGGUCGCUGCGACGCAUCUGUUGGUGACAUUUCCACUGCAGCCUUCAAUUGACUGUAUUUUUGUACUCAUAUUACUGCGGGGCGGAAGGGAGGUGUCCUUCUGUGUUCUCUGGACAACCAUCAUGGACGUGAUGGCCAACAAUGAACGGCGGCGAAGACGCUUUAAUUUCAAGGGCUUACUGAAGAAGAACUGGCUCCUCAUUGCCACCAUCGUGUCCGUGAUGCUAGGGAUCAGUCUUGGCGUGGCGGUCAGAAAGUACGCCUCCCUGUCGCAUCUCCACAAACAUUAUUUUGGCUUCCCAGGGGAGAUUUUGAUGCGGAUGCUGAAGCUCGUCAUCCUCCCGUUGAUCAUCUCUAGCAUGAUAACAGGUGUAGCAGCCUUGGACUCUGAGGUAUCGGGCAAAAUAGGACUACGUGCUGUUGUUUAUUACUUCUCAACAACCAUCAUUGCCGUCAUUCUUGGUAUUAUUCUGGUGAUGACUAUCAAACCAGGAGUGUCUCAGACAGCCCAGCACAUAGACCGAGCUGGAACAACGCCCAACGUCACGACCGUCGACACGCUUCUGGACCUCCUGAGAAACAUGUUCCCUGAAAAUUUGGUGCAGGCUUGUUUUCAACAGUACAAGACCAAGCGCAAAGAGUUGGAGCCAUCCAAAGUUUCGUACACGUACACGCACACGCCGACUCCUCCCCUCGUGACAACUUUCAUGGAUGCCAUGGAGAACAUCACCAAGGAGUACAAAAUCAUCGGCACGUACUCGGAUGGAAUCAACGUCUUGGGCCUCAUCGUGUUUUGCGUCGCUUUUGGCCUCGUCAUUGGGAAGAUGGGCGAAAAAGGACGUAUCCUUCUGGAGUUCUUCGACGCCCUCAACGACGCAACAAUGAAACUGGUGCACAUCAUUAUGUGCUACAUGCCGAUUGGGAUCCUGUUCCUAAUAGCCGCCAAGAUCAUUGAGGUGGAAGACUGGGAGAUCUUCCGCAAGAUGGGACUUUAUAUGGUGACGGUGCUGAGCGGCCUCGCCAUCCACGCUCUGAUCUGCCUGCCGCUCAUCUUCUUUGUCAUUGUGAGGAAGAACCCGUACACAUUCACCUUGGGCAUGGCUCAGGCCUUGGUCACCGCACUGAUGAUAUCCUCCAGCUCCGCCACCUUGCCUGUUACGUUCCGCUGUGCUGAGGAGAACAACCGAGUUGACAAGCGCAUCACGCGCUUUGUGCUGCCGGUGGGCGCCACCAUCAACAUGGAUGGCACCGCGCUCUAUGAGGCCGUUGCCGCAAUCUUUAUCGCACAGCUCAAUGACUACGCGCUGGACGUGGGGCAGAUUGUUACCAUCAGCAUCACAGCCACAGUGGCCAGCAUCGGCGCUGCCGGGGUUCCAAAUGCUGGGCUGGUUACCAUGGUGAUCGUCUUGACUGCGGUGGGAUUACCCGCCAGCGAUGUCACGCUCAUCGUCGCUGUCGAUUGGCUGCUGGACCGUUUCCGCACCAUGAUCAACGUUCUUGGCGAUGCGUAUGGCGCCGGCAUCGUCCAGAAGCUGUCCAAGAGGGAACUCGAGAAGAUGGACCUGACAUCGGACGUCACCAACCCCUUUGCCUUGGAGGCCACUCUGGACGAGGACGAGGAUGAGUGCGAGAAGAAGUCUUAUGUCAACGGGGGCUUCACGGUGGACAAGACCGAUGCCAUAUCGUUCACCGAGACGUCGCAGUUUUAAAAACAACCAGCAUCUAAAAGUGCCAAAAGAAGCACCUAGUGUCAGCAAUAGCAGCUUUCAUUACAGUACUUUCUGACAUUUGUAGCCAUUUAAGUGCUUCCUUCCUCCUCUUUUGAUACAACUUGAUUUGACAUGAACAAUGUCCUACAGUAUAUAGACAACAUAAUAUACUAUGUCAUGCACUGCUUGUAUUCUAUCUGUGCUAAAGCCACAAAGAAAUGGCUUUUCGCAGCGGGUUGCAUGACCACAACAAAGAAGAAUCGAGUCAUUAAACACUGUGAACUUUCAUGACAAGAAGAAAUUGAUGUGUUCUCAUGAGAAUUGAACGGAACUUCCAAAAUCAUCCUGGAACCGGCUCCAGCUGUCACCCAAAUAGGAAAAGUUGUAUUGAACAUGAAAGGAUGAAUAUUUAUUGUUUUUAAUGAUUUAAUUAAUUCAGUUAAGUCUAUUUGGAACCCGGAACCCAAAUCUAUCCUAUAUUCCAGCUAAUUUUGGGGGGGAAAAAAUUGUCAUGGGAACAUGCCUAAGCGAUAACUGAACCUUUUUUUUUUUUUUUUUUUUUGUUAAACAGCACAACUUGCACAUUUACGGAGAACCAUUUUUGGUUCUGGUUGAAAAGAAAUCAUCUCUACACAGACAACUGAAUGCUCAUGAAUGCUAUCUUGUACAACAAAUACGACAGUAGUGACUUGUUCUAGGCCCACACUGUUACUCCAACUACACAUGUGAAGAGCGUCAAGUCAAAAGAAUUAAUGUAUUCACCCACAAUCAUAUGAAGAAUAAAAAAGUCACUUCUGAAGCAAAAUAA